AUGCUCAGGGCUUGCGAGCAGCUGCCGGGGGAGGCAGAGGCGGCCGGCUGCAGCCCCCGGGCCGCACCGCCAACCCAGCCCAAACCGCUCACCUCCUUCCUCAUCCAAGACAUCCUGCGGGACCGCGCAGAGCGGCGCGGCGGCCACACCUGCAGCCCGCAGCCCCCGCGCCAGCCCGACCCUAGGCGGGACCCCGAGCCGGAGCCCGCUGGGGAGAGAGGCCGCGCCGGGGCGCCGGAGGAAGGACUGAACGCCGGGCCCGGAGCCACGCUGGGGGAGGCCGAGACGCUGGCGGAGACCGCGCCAGCCAGGCACUUCGAGACGUAUGUGCUGGACUGCGAGGACACGGCAGGCACCUUACCGAGCCUUCCCCAAACUGCCAAGCAGCCGCAGAAACGCUCGCGAGCCGCCUUCUCCCACACUCAGGUCAUUGAGUUGGAGAGGAAGUUCAGCCAUCAGAAGUACCUGUCAGCCCCCGAGAGAGCGCACCUGGCCAAGAACCUCAAGCUCACAGAGACCCAAGUGAAAAUUUGGUUCCAGAACAGACGCUAUAAGACUAAGCGAAAGCAGCUCACCUCGGACCUGGGGGAGCUGGAGAAACAUUCGCCCCUGCCAGCCCUGAAAGAGGAGGGCUUCUCCCAGGCCUCCCUGGUCUCCAUGUACAGCAGCUACCCGUGCUAUCCCUACCUUUACUGCCUGGGCAGCUGGAGCCCUGCUUUCUGGUAAAGUCAGCUCAGAUGACAAUGCUGUGUGAUCCAAAACUGCCUUCCCCACGGUUUCUUUCUGGAAAGCAAAAGGGACCAAGGUCAGGGAACAUUGGGGAGCAAGAGGGAUGCAGAUCAAAACCAUUGGAGGUUUGUGUGCAAAUCCCAGAUUCUUCACUGGUGGACCCAUAAAAAACUAGGGCAGUAAAUAUUUUAAUAUCUAAGUAGUUCCUGCAGUGCAUAGUGUAAGUUGUUGCUUUUAGGGGAGACAGAAAGUCAAGUGCUGUUUCCAGCACUUUGAAUCAUUUUGGUCGUGGUGCCAGCAUCACUCCUGGGGAUUCUGUUGCUACAACUCCCUCUUAUUGUGGCAUUGGUCACUGACUCUGAAAAAGCAAACCCACAGAGAAAAAGGAAAGCACAGAUGAGGAUGUUGUCUGCUGAAUUAAACCUAAGUUCAAAAGACUUUCAUUAGCCUUGGGUCAUGGCCAAGGUUAUGUUCUGUCCCUGUAAGAGAAGGUCCCAGAGAGAAACACCUUGCACUCACGGUGAUUGGCAUGGGACAUGGAAAUAGGAAGGAGGAGACGAAAGUAGCAGCUUCUUCUUAUUCCUUUGUAUGCCACUUUUAGUAUUCAUAGGAUGGCACACAUAGAACAAGAUGCAUUUGCUGUAGUUUUAAGACAAGCUGUGUAAACAAAACUCAACUGCAAGGGGCAAGGCCAUGCCAGAAGAUUCUCUGCAUGUCCCUAGGCAGUGACCCCAGGCUGCUCUUGGGACCAGUGCAUUUUUAUUAGCACAUGGUGGAAAGAGCUCUUUUCAACCUUUAUAUGCUGGACUAGGGAAAUUAGAAUCAGAAUUUUCCUGAGCUCUUCAGGCCACAAUUUGUACUAUAACGUGACAGAUGACACCAUUCUUUACUAUAAGGUACUGUCUUUCUCCCCUUCUUAUGUAGUAAUCACUCACUAUAGGCCUUUUUUUCAAUCUACACUUUUGGUCUGCCUAUACCUAACCUACACCUUUCUCAUUCAUUCAGCCUGAGAUUUUGUCAUUGUUGUUGUUAUCAUUGUUUUCUUUCUCAAAGCUUUAUCUGUCUUAACUUAAAAAAUAAGUAGGAAGAGGCAGCUUCUAAACAGACAAAAAGGUAUGCAUUUCUAAUCUGGAAACUCUUACUUUUUCCCUUAAAAAAGUAACAGCAUUAAAUCCCAAAUUCUAUUUAAAGACUCGACUGCCCAAACAGGUCACUGCUGCUUUUAUAGGACUUUCUGGUGGCUCUGAUGCCACAAUUCAAAGUUUGAGAACCCUUGGGUCCCCCUGCAGGCAGAGGAGGUACAGGUACUGGGUUUUCACAUGGAAGAACACAGUGCAAAAUGAAGAGCUAAGGAGCUGGUCUUCUCCAGUUGUCUAGUGGACACGGGAGGCUCGUGGGCAGGCCGUGGGAGAGAAGGCAGCCCAGAUCUUUGGAAGCCCAGUCCACUGAGCAAGCAAAGGGGCUGAUAGCACUUGGCAGGAAGAGGCUGAGAACAAGGAAACUGUUUUCAGAACACAACAUUAUGAUGGCCUCAGUCUCCAGAUAAACAAACUCUCCAAAUACUUUGGAGUAUGCCUGUAAUGGGUCCUCCUCAUAGGACACCUAGUGACUUAAGAGAGGAUGAGCUGAGAACAAAAGAAGUUUGGUCGUCCUUCUGUGUCUGUCUUAGUAGCUUACAUGACCUGGUAGAGGGGAUUCCUAGAAAAUAAAACUUUACUAACAAGGAACACCGAGGCCUGGAAGUUUCUUGGUGUCACUACCUAAUUCUGUUUUGUGAGAAUGCUUUCAGUUUCCUCCUGUUAAAAGAGCCAGUUCACUAUCUGACAAAACUGCCUAUGUGAAGUUUGUAAAAGGGUGUCCCGUUUUCCCCAUUCUCUACAUUUUGGGCUCCAUGUUGAAAUACUGUUAUUAGAUGCUGCUACCCCCACCUCAGGACUGACUGCUCCAAAGGUGAACUAGCCUGAAUCUCUUUCUCCUUCUCACAUGACUUUUAAGAUGAGCAUUUAGUGCUUCCUCCUUACUCAGGACUUUUUCACUCCCUACCCUCUGAAUAUAAUUCUUUUCAACAUGCAAUUGUGCAAGGAUUAGGCAUUUUACAAUGAUGUAUGUUGUAUUGCAAAAACAAAAAGCCUCUGUUUAAAAUUGUUUGGCUUGUGAAUCCAUCUUGCAUUUCUCCUACUGGAGCUAGCUAUCUGUGCAUAUGUGAACUGGUGGAAGAUCAUUUGAAACACUAGUCUGCAAGAACCCAACAGGUAGCCUGGACAGCGCCCUGGACCAUUGCACCAAGCAGCCUGUGUCUAUCCUGUUGAAUCAGUCCAUCUGAGUUCUCCACAUGCAUAAUAAACCCUGCUCCGAUCUGUAACACAAAAGUCUGUGACUUGAAUUUUAGUAAAGCACUCCAAUCAAACUUUAUUUUUCUAUGAAUUUUUUUUUGCAGCAAAUGGGUGUUUUUAAAAUAAAGUCUAUGUCUAUAUU